AAUGGUGAGAAUCAAAAUGGCGGUUCGCGGUAGCUUCGAAUGAUACAAUUAGUAGUGUUACAAAUUAAAAAUAAAAUAAGUUUGUAAAUUAUUCGUGUCAGGCUUGGAUUGAGGCCUUUAUCAGAGGAUUGACAAAAGUCUUUAGUUGCGACUAGAGGAAAUUAUGAGAAAAUAUCGCCGUUUCGUUCGAUAAACAAUUGGUGCAGUUUUGAAAAAGAAAAUCCGAAUUUUCUUAAUCAUUUUCGAAGUCUUUCCGAUGGUUAAAAUGUAUUAUCAAUUGUAGUGACAACGAUUUUCAGUAAUUCCUCUCGAUUGUCAAUGUAAACCCAAUUUUUCGUUGAAUUUUCGAGCGGUUGUGGACUUGAAACUCAGCUCUGUGGUGGCUAGAGAAGUGUCAAAGUUCAAUGUUGAAACAUUGAAGCAUCAGAUCAGAAAAUAUUCAAGAUAGACCGUAAGUAUUGGGAGAAAAUGAAGUCACACGAGUCAAUGAGAGGCUGGUCGUUGAUUUGGUGGUUAUUCACGCUGUUCGGGAUACCAGUGACGUUCCCAUGGCUACUUUACCACAUCUAUGACAUCCUGAAGAGAAGACGAAGGCUGUCGACACUUCGUGGAAAGGUUGUCAUGAUCACUGGAGCUAGUUCUGGACUUGGAGAGGCUCUGGCGCAUGUAUUUUAUUCCUCUGGAUGUCGUCUUAUUCUCGUAGCAAGACGAAAAAAUGAGUUGGAGAGGGUCAAGAAUACUCUCAUGCAUACUCAUCAUACUGUACCAACGCACCCACCGGUAGUUCUCUCAGUGGACUUGACAGAGGUCAAUAAUUUACCAAAAGAAAUUGACAAACUAAUCCAGAUUCAUGGCAAAAUUGAUGUGCUAAUUAAUAAUGCUGGUAUAUCUUAUCGGGGAGAGGCUUCCAGUACGGAAAUGGAUGUGGAUAUUAAAGUCAUGUUGAUCAACUACUUUGCACAAAUUGCAUUGGCCAAAGCAAUUCUACCAUCGAUGAUAAAACGACGAUCUGGACAUAUCGUCUGUAUUAGUAGUGUACAGGGAAAGAUUGCUAUUCCCUACAGAUCGGCCUACGGAGCUUCCAAGCACGCUCUCGGAGCUUGGUGUGACUCAGCGAGGGCUGAAUUAGCUGGGAGUAAUAUUAAAAUUAUGGUCAUUAAUCCCGGAUACAUAAAAACAGAUUUGUCAUUGAAUGCAUUGACCGGCUCGGGUGAUAAAUACGGAGUGAUGGAUAAGACAAUCCAGGAAGGCUAUUCACCUGAGUACGUGGCUAAACAAGUUUUAUCUGCUCUUCUGAGGGACUCUAGCGAAGUGACAGUGGCCCCACUUCUCCCCAGAUUAGCACAAUUCAUUCGCUAUGUCAGUCCAGCGCUUUAUUUCUUCAUCAUGGAGAGGAGAGCGAAAAAAUUGGCGAAAGGAGAGUGAAAAAAACUUGAUUAUUCUCUUUUCUUUACUUUGACAAGUUGAUUGUCGUUGAACGCAACUUUGUCUUGCAUGAUCUUUAAUUUAAGAGUAUGUUUUUGUCAAUAGAAGAUAUUCGUUGAAGUUUGUAAAAUACAAAUAUUAAUUGUAAAGAAAUUGGCGAAAGUAUUUUUAAUAUACUAGACGAAAUUGCAUUUUAUUUUCAACUACUUACAUAUUUUUAUCAAUUCUUGAAAUGUUCUCUUUAUACACCAAGUUUUGUUUUCUGGUCAAUGGGAUUGUGCUUAGUUACUCAUUUAUUUGUUCAUAACAUUCUGGAAUGGCACAUACCAUUUCUUGAAAUAAAAUAUGGAAUUGAACAAAAAGCAGUACUCAAAUAUCUUUUGUAGAAAAAAAAAAUUGAGUCAAGAAAGGAAAAAAAGCAAUUUUGCAUCAUUUUUUCUUUAUUUUGAAACGAAAAAAUCAAUCGAUAAAAAAUCAUUGUUCUGGUUUCACUGUCCCCAAACACAAGGAAACAUGAGACAAAAUGGGACGUCUCUGGCAAACUGUGUGACACUUGUUUUACAUGAAAAUUGGGGGAAAAUUGACUUUAACAAAUAAUAGCAACUGAAUCGUAUGAGAGUCAAGUUGACGCGUAUCCUCCAAUGUCCCAACAGUAGCAACAAAUUUGUUUCAUUUUCAUUUUAUACUGUGUAUUCUACCUAUUUUAUUUACAGAUUAAAAAAUACAGUGAACUCUAAUAUUUAUUGCUCUCUCACCGGUAAAAAUAAAAUAUUUUGUUUUUUA